CCACGCCUCUGGAGUCCUGGGGAACGCGGUUGGGGACGGGCUUGGGCCGGAGGGGCGGAGUGAGUAGACUCGCGCGGGUAAAGGGGCUGUCUGGAGCACCGACUGAUCAUUUUGCGGUCACACGCCGCCUUCCCCUCCUCCGCUGGCCGCCGUCACCUGGGAAACCGGCCACGAUCUCCAGCCUACCCGAAGCUGGUUUCAUGGCAGCCGCGAAGAAAGCAGUUUUGGGGCCGUUGGUGGGGGCAGUGGACCAGGGCACCAGCUCGACGCGCUUUUUGGUUUUCAAUUCAAAAACAGCCGAACUACUCAGUCAUCAUCAAGUGGAAAUAAAACAAGAAUUUCCAAAAGAAGGAUGGGUGGAACAAGACCCUAUGGAAAUUCUGAUGUCUGUCUAUGAGUGUAUAGAGAAAACAUGUGAGAAACUUGAACAGCUCAAUAUUGACAUUUCCAACAUAAAAGCUAUUGGCGUCAGUAACCAGAGGGAAACCACAGUAGUCUGGGACAAGAUAACUGGAGAGCCACUCUACAAUGCAGUAGCUGCUCCAGUUUCUCCUGGCCCUUCAGAUCCAGUUGCCGUUGUUCCCUCUGGCUCUUCAGUUCCAGCUGCUGGCCCUUCCUCAGUGUGGCUUGAUCUAAGAACCCAGUCUACCGUUGAGAACCUUAGUAAAAGAAUUCCAGGAAAUAAUAACUUUGUCAAGUCCAAGACAGGCCUUCCACUUAGCACUUACUUCAGUGCUGUGAAAGUUCGUUGGCUUCUUGACAACGUGAAAGAAGUUCAGAAGGCUGUUGAAGAAGAUAGAGCUCUUUUUGGGACCAUUGAUUCCUGGCUUAUUUGGAGUUUGACAGGAGGAACCAAUGGCGGUGUCCACUGUACAGACGUAACAAAUGCAAGCAGGACGAUGCUCUUCAACAUUCAUUCUUUGCAAUGGGAUAAAGAGCUCUGCGAAUUUUUUGGAAUUCCAAUGAAAAUUCUUCCAAAUGUCCGGAGUUCUUCUGAGAUUUAUGGCUUAAUGAAAGCUGGGUCCUUGGAAGGUGUGCCAAUAUCUGGGUGUUUGGGGGACCAGUCUGCUGCCCUGGUGGGACAAAUGUGCUUCCGAGAUGGACAAGCCAAAAAUACGUAUGGAACAGGCUGCUUCUUACUAUGUAAUACAGGCCGUAAGUGCGUGUUUUCUGAACAUGGCCUUCUGACCACAGUGGCUUACAAACUCGGUAGAGACAAACCCGUAUAUUAUGCAUUGGAAGGUUCUGUAGCUAUAGCUGGUGCUGUUAUUCGCUGGCUAAGAGACAAUCUUGGAAUUAUAAAGAGCUCAGAUGAAAUUGAAAAACUUGCUAAAGAAGUAGGUACUUCCUAUGGCUGCUAUUUCGUCCCAGCAUUUUCAGGGUUAUAUGCACCUUACUGGGAGCCCAGUGCCAGAGGGAUCAUCUGUGGGCUCACUCAGUUCACCAAUAAAUGCCAUAUUGCUUUUGCUGCAUUAGAAGCGGUUUGCUUCCAAACCCGAGAGAUUCUGGAUGCCAUGAACCGCGACUGUGGAAUUCCACUCAGUCACCUGCAGGUAGACGGAGGAAUGACCAACAACAAAAUUCUUAUGCAGCUACAAGCAGACAUUCUGUAUAUCCCCGUAGUGAAGCCCUCCAUGCCGGAAACAACCGCCCUGGGAGCCGCCAUGGCCGCAGGGGCCGCAGAAGGAGUGGGCGUUUGGAGUCUGGAGCCCGAGGAUCUGUCGGCUGUCACAAUGGAGCGGUUUGAACCCCAGAUCAAUGCUGAGGAAAGUGAAAUUCGCUAUUCUACCUGGAAGAAAGCUGUGAUGAAGUCAAUGGGUUGGGUCACAACUGAGUCUUCCCAAAGUGGUAUCCCAUAAAUAAUACCAACUCCUGGAUUCCAACAAUGGGAGCUCUUUACCUAACAAGAGACUCCAGCGAUUCUGUCUCUUAAUAUGAUGACACUAUUCAUAGACUCUGAUUUUAUUUAUAAGCCACUUGCUGCAUGACCCUCGAAGUAGACCUGUGGCUUGAAAUAAAGAAAAUGCAGCCGAAUGAAUGCUAUAGAAACAUUUGGUGUGUUUUUUAACAUCAGCCGUUAAGAUUGGACCAGCCACCUUUGGAGCUGACCCCUCCUUUGCCAUCACUUCCUGCCCACUUCCUCUAAGAUCUAGGAAGAAUCCAGGCCCUGUCCAUUGGCAGCUUUCCGCAGGCAUAGUCACAUGCUGAUGGGCCAGGAUUUGAUUUUCUGCACUACACACACUUGAUCAAGGGGCUAAAAAUGAGUGACUUUGUGUUUCCUUUUAGCAGACUCCCGACGGUCCCCUUUUCUGCAUAUGAGGGAGACCACAGCGUCCUCACUGAACGUUGAAAUGGAAUCCUCUACUAAAUUCUUAAAAUGGAAGUUUAGUACUCUCACAGCUUAGAUAUUUUUCUGAAAAGUAUUUGCCAAAACGGAAACUCUUGAGACAUUUUACAUGGUCGCACUAAUUACACUGAAUUGUUAUCUGGACCUUACAGGGUAGGACACGUCUUCCUUUUUUUUUUUUCCCAUCUCUCCUUUUUACAUUUUUUACUUGAUCUGUAUGACAUACAUGCCGAUAUAUUUUAUAUACUGAGGGUAGCCCAUUUAUAAAUUAAGAGUACAUUUUACAUGGCCUCAUUAAUUACACUGAAUUUCUGUCCAGAUCUUAAUAGGGAAGAACACUUUUUUCUUUUUAUAUUUCUUACUUUGUAUGUAUUACAUACAUGCUUAUAUAUUUUAUAUACUGAAGGUAGCCCAUUUAUAAAUUAAGAGCACAUUGUCUUCAGUAGAUUAUAAUGGGGCUGGUCUUAAAUGGACCACUACGUGCAUAAAUAUUUUGGGGAAGACAGCUGUAUAUGUUUUGGGGCAACGGUUAUACAUAUUAUUUACCAGAAGAAACUUUUUCUUAAAGAGCCAACAUUUAAAAUUCAAAGUAUGUGUUCUAUGUCAAUAAAAGAAAAUAUACUUUAUUGUGACUUCAACUAUAUUUCUUAUACCUUAGAUUUUUAUUUAAUUUUUUUAGCGGGAUAUAUGCUAAAGAAAAAAAACUGUGGAAUACUACAGUAAAUGCUGUUUUUAAACACAAGUACUAGUCCACAUAAAGUUAUUUUCCUUUGACAUAAUUUUUAACAAUUUGGGAUCCUUUUGAGGGGAUGUCAAAAACGAUUAAAAAGUUAAGUUAAAAAAACACUUUAGGAAUAAAGCCAAAAUCACUUUCCAUCCAAAAGUGUUAUUAAUUGUUGAUAAGCAAUUAUUAUUUCUAUUUGGGAUGACAGAGAAUUACCUCUGCUUACUGUCAUUACAACUAAAAAACGUUUAUUAUUAGAAAUGGCUUCCAAUGAAACCAAGAACUUCUCAAAAUAUUUAAUAUUAUGUGUGCCUAAUCUAGCUUCUCAGUGUUGAUUUUCAAAUAUCUUAAAAUUAAUUACUGUUUACUACAAAAAGAAUAUACUGCCUCCUAAUUAUUUUCUUCAAUCAGUGCUGAAAAUGGAAAAUAUUUAUAUAUUGAUAUAAAAAGUUUUGUUCUUAAUGCUAACUUGGAUUUGCAGUUCUCAUUGUGCUGUUUUCUAAAUUGUUGAAUCUGCUGGGUUUUAUAGAUGUGCUGCCACUUUAGGGACAUGAAUAUUAUAGAAAGGUACUGUGAAAUUACUACUUUGUGGCAAGGUACUUUGAAACAUAAUUAUGUUUUUACAAAGGUAGGUUAAGUUAAUUGUAAAUAAUUGUGAAAAUCACUGUUCAAAUAAUUUUAAGAUCACAAUAAUUUUCUACAAAUUGCAAUAUUUAUAAAUGUUUGAAAUUGUACACCUUGAUAUUUCAUGAUAAAUGUACUUAAAAUAAAUUGA